AAUACCACCAUUGGAACCUCAAUCAGCGACAGAGACGAGUGAGCAGCCAUAUUCGAGUGGUUAUUCAACACCGUUGGAGCCACCGUUCGGAGCUGAUGGUACUACUUUUCAUCACAUUUAAGUGAUUAGUCAGAAUUAAGUAGGUGGAUAUUGAACGCCGUUGGAGCCACCGUUCGGAGCUGAUGGUACUACUUACUUAAAACUUCAUCUACACUUCUCCUAAACUCGCCGUCCCCCCUCAGCCGCCAGUCCUAAAGUUGCUGAAGAGCUAGAGGAGCCUUUCCUAUGGUCUGCGAGGACCUUUCAAGUUUUCAGCGAAUACCUAGGGUCCUUAACGGAGCACUACGGUCCGCGUUCAGAGUUUGCUCAGAAGAAACGGCAACAGCAGUUGGCUUUUGAUUAUGACCAGAAGUAAUGUGGUGAUGGGUACUCGAUUUUUUCGUGCUGUAGUUCAGAUGACUAUUAGAAAUUAGAUACUACCUCUACUAGAUGUAGAUCUAGAAUGUUGAUGUGGGAGCCAACAGUAGUCGUACAUCACUGAUUUCAGUGACGAGCUCGGUCGAUUCUUCUAAUCCCUACGGCGCCAAAUCGACCGACGACAGCUCUACAACACAGUGGGUGGAAGCUUUUUGUCUCUCCAUGAAGUCCUG